CUCGGUUCUGAGUUUCAGUCACCAAGAUGUCGCAACUCGCUAUCCUGUUCUACUGCGGAGCGUCCGCUCUCUUCUUCACCCUGCUGGGGGCGCCGCCGUCCGGAGCGCACAUCCCCCCUCAUAAUGAGACCGCCCGGGUGGCGCGCUUCGUGGCCCACCACUGCGAUUGGGGCGCCCUGGCCACCAUCUCCAGCCAUGAGCCCGUGAGAGGCCAGCCCUUCGCCAACGUCUUCUCGAUCAGCGACGGGCCCCGGGGCCACAGCAGCGGCGUCCCCUACUUCUAUCUGACCGCCAUAGAAAUCUCCGUGCAGGACCUGCAGGUGAAUGCAAAUGCCUCGCUGACCAUGUCUCUGGCCCAGACUCCAUAUUGCAGAGAGAAGCAGUAUGAUCCGCAGAGUCCACUUUGUGCUCAUAUUAUACUCUCCGGAAUCAUCCAGAAGGUGGAAGGGAAGGAAAAUGACACAGCGAAGGUAGCUUUGUUCAGCCGCCACCCGGAGAUGGCCACGUGGCCCUCCGACCACAACUGGUUCUUUGCCAAACUCAACAUCACCAACAUUUGGGUGCUGGACUACUUCGGUGGAAUUAAAACUGUGACGCCGGACGAGUAUUACAAAGCCAAGCCAUGAUCCGGGCUGUCUGAACAUUGAGGAAUCUCUUUCAUGUACUCAGGUCCAUUCACUUUUUAAUACCGAUGUGCCUUUUUAUCUUCUCUCUUAUACUCUCUACGUGUAUAUCUUAUAAUUUCAUUGUGCUUACUUGAAUGUAAAGAGAACCACCUUUUAUCAUGAACAAGGGAAUAGAUGC